AUCUCCAUAGCUGGAAAACUUAUUUAAGAACUCAGCGAAGUGCUAAAAUUUUUAUUUGGGCAUCUUUCUGCAAGUAAAAUGGAUUUCCAGUUGAAUAAUAAAAUUCUAAUUUCAUUCAUGUGCUUCCUCUGCCAUCUGGGAGAUACUAUAGAAAAAUACGACUUACCAUCAGACAUCAGUUUCGUUAUUUUUUGA